UGCAGAGCGCGCAGCGCGGCGAUUGGCGGUGCGCUGUGUCCCUCUGACACAGAGGAUCACCGAUCCACGGAAAGAGCCAAAGAUGUCAGCUCGGUCAUGUGAUCAGCUGUGUCCAAUCACAGCUGAUCACAUGGGACAUGUACAGAGAUCAUCAGAGCACUGAUGAUCAGUGUGCCCUGAUGAUCUUUGUAGCCCCAGCAGUGCCACCUGUCAGUGUCCAUCAGUGCCAGCUGUCAGUGCUCCAGUGCCACGUGCCAGUGCCCAUCAGUGCCACAUCAAUGCCACAUAUACGUGCCUACCAGUGCACACUCAAUGCCACAUAUCAUGCCCAUCUGAGCUGCCUUUCAGUGUCACCCAUCAGUGCCAGUCAGUGCUACCUAUCAAUGCCAGUCAGUGCCACCUAUCAGUGCCACCUAACAGUG